CCACAGAUAGCCGACACCGGGAGUGACAACGGCCGCACUCCAACUCUUCAGGAGGUAGGGUGUUAUACCUACGUUAAAUCUGUGAGACGGCCAGCUGCCGGGCAAUCAGUGCUGUUCGGACUAGCCGGAUUAGCGAACCGUGCGAGUCUUUUUCUGCGUCCUCAAUCGGCGAUUCUAAGCAACAAACGACCGAGUCGCAUCGUGGAAGAAGCAGUCUCUAACAAGACAAACCAACACAGGCAGCCGGCAGCAUGGCCGACCCAGCGGCAGACCUCGAAGCGCACGGCUCCUCCUCGGCCGCGCAGACAGUAAAGGAUUUGUUCUCCGGCGCAGCAGGCGGCGUCGCCCAGGUGCUGAUCGGCCAGCCCUUCGACAUAGUAAAAGUUCGCCUCCAAACCAGCCAAACCUACCCCUCGGCCCUCGCCGCCGCAACGUCCAUCUACAAGCACGAGGGCGCCCUUGCCUUCUACAAGGGCACCCUGACCCCCUUACUCGGCAUCGGCGCGUGCGUGUCGAUCCAGUUCGGUGCCUUCCACGCCGCGCGCCGCUGGCUCGAGGAGCGCAAACUCAAGAGGAGUGGUACUAGUAGUGCUGCUACGCUAGGCUACGGCGAGUACUACUGCGCCGGCGCCUUCGCCGGCCUCGCCAACACGGCCCUCUCCUCCCCGAUCGAGCACGUGCGCAUCCGCCUGCAGACGCAGCCGCACGGCCUGGGCGAACGCCUCUACUCGGGGCCAUGGGACUGCGUGCGCAAGCUGUCUCAGAGCGGCGGGCUCGGAAAGGGGCUGUACCGCGGAACGUCAGUCACGCUGCUGCGCGAGGCACAGGCGUACGGGGUGUGGUUCUUGACUUUUGAGUGGCUGAUGAACGCCGACGCGGCUCGCAACGGCGUCGAGCGUAAGCAGAUCGCCAGCUGGAAGGUGGCGCUGUACGGCGGGCUGGCGGGUGAGGCGCUGUGGCUGGCGAGUUAUCCGUUUGACGUCGUGAAGAGCAAGAUGCAGACGGACGGGUUUGGAUCCGCCCAGCGGUACAAGAGCAUGCGCGAUUGCUUCGCGCAGACGUGGCGGGCCGAGGGGGCCAGGGGGUUCUGGAAGGGGAUCGGGCCGACGCUUCUGAGGGCUAUGCCCGUGAGCGCGGGGACGUUUGCUGUGGUGGAGAUGACCAUGCGCGCGAUAAAUUAGGGAGUGGUGAAGAGAGUAGGCGUGGUGAAGGCGAGAUCAUAGAGGGAUGGACAAGGCAAGCCUGGCACGGGCAUGACGGGCAUCAGCUGACGGAGGGGAGCGCUCAACGGAAUGCAUGGCCCGGCGUCCUCAACGGGCGCUGCGGUGUAGGAAGGCAGCGCUGAGGGUCGGAGGAGGGCUCGGAUGAUAUCCAUUGCAAGAGAUUGCAGUUAUUUUUUCAAUCAAAGAUCUUGCAUAUACCCGAC